UUGUAUGAAACAUAAAAAAAAAAAUCAUAUGAAAAGUCCACCAGCCAGCCGCCCCAAAAGUAAACGCUUUAUCAGAAUUUAGACCCCACCAUUUUCAUAUUGCUUCAAGUUAACAUCAACCCCUCUAAACUCUCUCUCUCUCUUGGGAAUACUUUAGUCUGAAAAACUUGGACGAAAGGUAGAAAACCCACAUGAUUCUUGGGAGUUUCUUGCCAUCCCCAACUGUUUUCUGUGUUUCUGUUCUAAUAAUGAUCAAAAGAUUUUAAACAGCCAAUCUGGCCUAAAAGAUCAUACCUUCAAGAACAGUCAUGCUCUUGUGGCUCUUCCAUUCUUCUUCACCCCACCACAACAGCCACCACAGGCCGUCUGCCUUUGGCUGCUUCUGUUUGGAUGUCUUCUUAACAAUUGUGUUCCUUUCUUCUUUUUCCAAUCCCUGCCAUGCCUCCUGCAAUCAGCUCGAUCGCGAUUCUCUCUUAUCAUUCUCUCUCAACAUUUCUCCUCCCUUGAAUUGGUCUUCUGUGAUUGACUGCUGUGUCUGGGAUGGUGUUUCUUGUGAUGGUAAUGAUCAGGUGAUCCGUUUAACGCUGCCCUUUAAAGGCCUCCACGGACUGAUCUCUCCGUCUAUUGCAAACAUCAGUCAUCUCUCUCAACUCAAUCUCUCACACAAUUGGCUCUCAGGUUCUCUCCCUGAUGGCUUCUUCACAUCCUUGAAUCAACUUGACACCAUUGACUUGAGCUAUAACCGGCUUUCUGGACCGUUGCCAUCAUCUGAUAGCUUGCCUAUUGCCACACACACACUCGAUUUAUCCAGCAACCACUUUAAUGGGACAAUCCAGUCUUCAUUUCUCCAGCCUGCAUCCAAUUUGCUGAGUUUCAAUAUCAGCAAUAACAGCUUCACUGGCACAAUACCUUCCUCUAUCUGCAGUAUUUUCCCGUCUGUCCAGCUUCUUGAUUUCUCCUCCAAUGAUUUCAGUGGUGAAUUUCCCCAAGGAAUUGGAAAUUGUUCCAAACUGCAGGUCUUCCGGGCAGGUUUCAACCAUCUUGCAGGACUGCUUCCAGAUGAUAUUUACAGCACUGUGCAGCUGCGAGAACUCUCAUUACCUGCUAAUAAGCUGUAUGGAUCCAUUGAUGAUCGCAUUGUUAACCUCACUAACCUUGCAAUCCUUGAACUCUUUGGCAACGAAUUUACUGGCAUGAUCCCUCAGGAUAUUGGGAAGCUCUCCAAGCUGGAACGCCUGCUCCUUCACAUUAACCAUUUGAAUGGCACUGUGCCUCCAUCUCUGAUGACUUGUGUCAAUUUGACAACCUUAAAUUUAAGGGUCAACUCCUUUGAAGGUAAGCUCUCCACACUUGAUUUCUCAAAACUCCUCCGACUUGUCACAAUUGACCUCGGAAACAAUCACUUCACUGGUAGCUUGCCAGGAAGCCUUUUCUUGUGCAAGUCACUGUCUGCAAUUCGACUGGCCACUAACAAGCUAGAGGGACAGAUUUCUCCUGACAUACUUGCAUUACAAUCUCUGUCUUUUCUCUCAAUUUCCAAUAAUAGUUUAACAAAUUCCACGGGAGCAAUCAAGAUUCUGAUGGGUUGCAAGAACCUCAGCACCGUCAUCCUCUCAAAGAACUUCUUUGGUGAAGCAAUGCCAGAUGAUGAAAGCAUAUUAGCUUUGGGAGGAUUUCAAAAUCUCCAAGUUCUAGGCCUAGGUGGCUGCAGGUUCACUGGGCAAAUUCCUGCUUGGCUGGCAAAGCUCGAGAAGCUAGAGGUUGUGGACCUAUCUCAGAAUCAAUUCACAGGCUCAAUUCCAGGUUGGUUGGGAAAUCUUCCAAACCUCUUCUACUUAGACUUGUCGAAUAACUCCCUAUGGGGAAACUUCCCCAAGGAACUUACUGUACUGCCAAGUCUAGCAUCUCAAGAAGGUGGCGAUCAAGUAGACCGGAGUUAUCUAGAGUUGCCUGUCUUUAUUCAGCCCGAUAAUGCUUCCGAUAUGCAAUAUAAUCAGCUCUCCAACCUGCCGCCAGCAAUAUAUCUGAAAAGCAACAACCUCAAUGGCACAAUCCCUAGUGAAAUCGGCCAGUUGAAGUUCAUUCAUGUGUUGGAUCUCAGUAAUAACAACUUCUCUGGCAAUAUUCCAGACCAAUUAUCUAACCUCACUAACUUGGAAAAGCUGGACCUCUCUGGAAACCAUUUGUCUGGCGAAAUCCCAGCAUCACUGAAUAAUCUCCAUUUCAUGUCUUCCUUCAGCGUGGCAAACAACAACCUUCAAGGGCCAAUACCAUCAGGAGGUCAAUUCGAUACUUUUAGUAGUUAUAGCUUUGAUGGGAAUCCAGGAUUGUGUGGUCGAGUUCUGCAGCGUCCUUGCUCUGUUCCACCAGGAUCUCCACAUCCUUCUGCACUUAAAAGAAGCCCCAAAAAGAAAAUCAUUAUUGGACUCAUCCUUGGCAUCUGUUUGGGCAUUGGCUUUACUGUCACCAUGCUAGCAUUCUGGAUAUUGUCCAAGAGAAGAAUCCUUCCAGGAAGUGACCCCGGCAGAACUGAUUCAGGCACAAUCUCGUUUAACUCUACUUCUGGAAUAUCGAUCAAGGAUUGCAAAGAUGCCAGUCUAGUGGUUGUGUUUCCAGACAACGCUGAUGAAAUCAAGGAUCUCACAAUAUCUGAGAUCUUGAAAGCCACUGACAAUUUCAACCAAGCAAACAUCAUCGGUUGUGGGGGUUUUGGUUUGGUAUAUAAAGCAACUUUAGCAAAUGGGAUCAAGGUGGCUGUUAAGAAACUUUCGGGAGAUAUGGGUCUGAUGGAAAGGGAAUUCAAAGCAGAGGUGGAAGCUCUAUCUACAGCCCAACACAAGAACUUGGUUUCCCUGCAAGGUUACUGUGUGCAUGAUGGCUUUCGGUUACUAAUAUAUUCGUACAUGGAGAAUGGAAGUCUGGAUUACUGGUUGCAUGAAAAGACUGACGGUCCAUCCCAACUUGAUUGGCCUACUCGAUUGAGAAUAGCACAGGGAGCAAGCUGUGGGCUGGCUUACAUGCACCAGAUCUGUGAACCACAUAUAGUUCAUCGGGACAUUAAGUCCAGCAACAUCCUUCUUGAUGAAAAGUUUGAAGCACAUGUUGCAGAUUUUGGAUUGUCCCGUCUCAUUCUCCCAUACCAUACUCACGUCACCACUGAACUUGUUGGUACCCUGGGUUACAUUCCCCCCGAGUAUAGUCAAUCAUGGAUAGCCACUUUGAGAGGGGACAUCUACAGUUUUGGGGUUGUGAUGCUUGAGUUGCUCACUGGGAAGAGGCCCAUGGAGGUAUUCAGGCCAAAGAUGUCAAGAGAAUUGGUCAUCUGGGUGCAGAAAAUGAGGAGUGAGGGAAAAAAAGAUGAAAUUUUUGAUCCUCUCCUGAGAGGAAAGGGAUUUGAAGAAGAGAUGCUACAGGUGCUUGACGUGGCCUGCAUGUGUGUCAGCCAGAACCCUUUGAAGAGGCCAACCAUUAAAGAAGUAGUUCAUUGGCUUAAGAACAUACCGGACAACAGGCAGACACCACGAUGAAAGCAAUAGUAUGCACAUAUAAUCUUACAGAGAUAUGGGUUUUUGUUACAUAUUUUAAUGUCAGUAUACAUGUAUAACUCGUUGGCUGUGCAGGCAAUCUUUUGUUUCAUGUAAAUGGAAAAUUAUCUAAUGACAAUGCAUAACCGAUGUAUAAAAAGAAAUGAUUCAAUUUAGAAGACAGGAACUAGCAAAGAAAAUAAUGAUAUGAAAAAGUGCCAAAGGAUUUAUGGAGAGGACUUAAUAGUUGGAACAAGGCUAUGCUGAGUUGAGUUUAGUAGUGUAAGUUUCAUAUACUAAUUGCUUUUCAGAUUCUUAAACCUCUACAACAGCAGAUUUUCCUUCAUUUGCGCCUGAAUUGCAAGUUCAAAUGUGUUCAUAAUCAUAAGUAAAUUACAAAUGUAAUAUCAUGUUUGUCUCAGCUAAUAGUCAACAAGGAUUUUUUUUUCUCUCU